GGACGCACCGCGUACUGACCUCUUCUCUCCCCCCAGUGGUGGCUAGCCCUUCCCAAGUGUGCAGUUGUCUCCUCCCUGUCCAGUCCGGCCUUCGUCCCGCGCCCAGUUGAGCUACAAGUGACCGAGUGCUACAGCCCAGCGCAGCGCGCUCUGCACACAGGCAUCUUGGCUUGCGGCUCCGCGGGCUCUAUGAACUUGAGCAGUUAGCUGUUGCCUGUGGCAUCACCCGUGGGUCCCCAGCUCCCUGCCUCGCGCUCUCCCUUCCCUCGGAGCAGCGAGUCGUAGUGAGCCAGCAGCCAGCAGCCCUCCCAGGAUCUUCCUGCCUGAAGUGCAACUAUGCUGCUAGGAGGAAUCCUGCUGGUAGUGCAAGCCUUGCAGUUUGCCAGUGCCUUGGACCUGCCCGCUGGUUCCUGUGCCUUUGAAGAGGGCACUUGUGGCUUUGACUCGGUGUUUGCCUUUCUGCCUUGGAUUCUAAAUGAGGAAGGCCAUUAUGUUUAUGUGGACACCUCUUUUGCUAAGCAAGGGGAGAAAGCUGUGCUGCUAAGCUCUGAUUUGCAGGCGGAGGAAUGGAACUGCCUUCGCCUGGUCUACCAGAUAACCGCACCUCUGGGCCCCGUGUCAGAACCCAGCCAGUUGAACCUCUAUGUGAGAUUUGAGGAUGAAAGCUUCGAUCGCUUGCUUUGGUCCACUAAGGAGUCAUCAGACAGCUGGCUCAUAGCCAGUCUGGAUCUUCCAAACAGCUCCAAGAAAUUCAAGAUUAUGAUAGAAGGUGUCCUGGGACAAGGAGACACAGCCAGCAUUGCCCUCUUUGAAAUCAAGAUGACGGCCGGCUACUGUAUCGAAUGUGACUUUGAAGAAAACCAUCUCUGUGGCUUUGUGAACCGCUGGAAUCCCAACGUGAACUGGUUUGUUGGAGGGGGAACUGUGAAGAACUCCCACUCUGUCCUCCCACAGGACCACACCUUCAGGAGCGAGCAGGGCCACUACAUGUACGUGGACUCUGUUUACGUCAAGCACUUCCAGGAGGUGGCCCAGCUCAUCUCUCCGAUGACCACAGCCCCCAUGUCUGGCUGCCUCUCGUUCUAUUACCAGCUUCAGCAAGGCAACGACAAUGUCUUCACUCUUUACACCCGGGAUAUGGCUGGCCUGUAUGAGGAGAUCUGGAGAGUGGACAGUCCAGGCAGUGCCUCCUGGAACCUUGCAGAGGUGGAAUUCAGUGCUCCUUACCCCAUGGAGGUUAUUUUUGAAGUUGCGUUCAAUGGUCCCAAAGGAGGCUAUGUUGCUCUGGAUGAUAUUUCUUUCUCUCCCGUUCAUUGCCAAAAUCAGACAGGGCUUCCUUUCAGUGCUGUGGAAACUAGCUGUGAUUUUGAGACAGAUCUCUGCAACUUCUAUCAAGACAAAGACGGUCCCGGUUGGACCAGAGUGAGAGUGAAACCGAACAUGUACCGGGCGGGGGACCACACGACAGGAGCAGGGCAUUACCUGCUGGCCAACACUAAGUUUACGUUCCAGCCUGGCUACAUCGGAAGGCUCUACGGUCCCUCCUUACCAGGGAACAUGCAGUACUGUGUGAGCUUUCAUUAUGCCAUCUUCGGGUUUUUGAAAAUGAGCGACACCCUUGCAGUUUAUAUCUUUGAAGAAAACCAUGUGGUGCAAGAGAAGAUCUGGUCUGUGCUCGAGUCCCCGAGGGGUGUUUGGAUACAAGCUGAAAUCAGCUUUAAAAAGCCCAUGCCCACAAAGGUGGUUUUUAUGAGCCUAUGCAAAAGCUUUUGGGACUGUGGACUUGUAGCUUUGGAUGACAUUGCCAUACAAUUGGGAAACUGCCGGUCUCCAGAGAGACUUCCACCUCCACCUGGAGAGUGCACUUUCGAUCAAGAUGAAUGUGCGUUUACACAGGAAAAAAGAAACCGGAGCAGCUGGCACAGGGGGAGAGGAGAAACACCCACCUCUUACACAGGACCAAAGGGAGAUCACACUACUGGGGUAGGCUACUACAUGUUUAUCGAGGCCUCCCACAUGGUAUAUGGACAAAAAGCACACCUCUUGUCCCAGCCCUUGAGAGGCGUCCCUGGGAAGCACUGCUUGACUUUCUUCUACCACAUGUAUGGAGCAGGAACUGGCCUGCUGAGCAUUUUUCUGAAAACAGAGGAAGAACAUAAAGAGACCCUGCUGUGGAGAAGGCGUGGGGAGCAAAGCAUCUCCUGGCUGCGGGCGCUGGUAGAAUACAGCUGCAGGAGGCAACACCAGAUCAUUUUUGAAGCUAUUCGGGGAGUAACAAUAAGAAGUGAUAUUGCCAUUGAUGAUGUUAAAUUUCAGGCAGGACCAUGUACAGAAAUGGAAGAUACAACUCAACAAUCAUCAGGAUAUUCUGAAGACUUAAAUGAAAUUGAGUAUUAAGAAAUUAUCUAAAUUGGAUCAAAUACACAAAAUUUGUGCCUCUCUUCAAUCAAAGUGAAAACAGAAGAAAUGAAUACUGGAUAUUCUUAACUAUUGUAUAAGUUGAAAUGACUUCAGAAUACCCCCUUUCAUUACUUUUGAAAACGAGAGAGAGAGAGAGAGAGAGAGAGAGAGAGAGAGAGAGACUGACUCAGGGCUUUCCUUUUUUAUUCCCCUGUGCAUUUGACAACUGUUACUGGACGUACAGGCUACUUUUACAUAGCCCAUUUCAUCUUAAUUUGGGUGCCAAUUAAAAAUACAAAUGUACUAUGUUAUAGUCAUUUCAAAGUGCACAUAGAAAGGGCACAGUCAAAAUGAAUGUGUUGAUUUAAGUCUGCAUUCAAUGAAUGUAUUGGGAGACUGGGACGUGGUGGUUUUCCUUUUGAGUUUCAAGUACGAAAAUUUUUCUUAAAUAAUGCAAGGUGUCGGUAAUAUCUGCAAAAUGAAUGCAGUUUACUUAUGGUAACAAGUUAUUCUGGAAAUAAGACCUCAUUUGUGUAUUUUAUUAACAGAAAAAGCCAUAAAUCAUUACUGUUUCACUAUUGGUAUAAGAAAGGAGCUCUCAUGGAGCCCCAGGGUAAGUCCCUAGGAAUUAAUGUUGCAGUAUAAGGCACUGCUGCCCUCUUUGCUCUCCCUUUUAACUACCUUGGACAGUUACUAUGAGUGCACAGACAGAAAUGCACCUCUUCAAUAAGGCAAGCAUGAAUUUUUCAUGUAUACACA